AUGGGUAAUUGCCAUAUGGCGAGCGACAGAGAGGCAGUUGUCGUCUCAGGUGAGGCUUUUUAUCCUCAGCUUGUUGUGUUUGCAUUUUGAGAAGUCAACAAAUGUUCAAUUCUAAAUUUAUUUCUUUUGCUACAAAUAAAUCUAAAGGUGUGCGGUUUGCUUAACUGAUUAAUGCCAAUUCUAACAUUAAAUCACUGAUUAAAUAACUACGAUACUAAGCUGAUACUUUUGAAAACAGGUUCAAGAGACUAAAGAAUCCUAAGUGACGGAACUGAACUGCUCGGUUUCAAGAUAUUCAAUUAAAGCGAUUCGAGUUCCUCGAUAUAGUACAUCGCUAUUUUCUUGCUUUUGUGAGAUCUUUUCGUCUCAGUUAGAACUUUUUAUCAAUUCCAACUAUGUCUGAAAUUUACAUUACGAGGUCUACGAGCUGCCCUAGUACCAACCAAUACAGUGUUAUAGUUUUCCAGCGUUUUGGAGAACAAAAGACCUACCGUGACUUAGUGUUUGUCAAUUGUCAGUGAACCCCAUUAACAUUUAAAAAGGGGCAAUAGGGCGUCGUUUGAAAUGAAAACAAAUAAAAAUUUUUUCGAAUUCGAUCAUGUAUUAAGAAUGUAUGUUACGGACUAAGGGCACUUCCUUUAAGAUCAUUUGAGUUUACUUAGUACGUUCCUUAGAUAGAUAAUAAAGUUUCUUGAAAUAGACUUUUGCAUUCUUUACAUAUUUAGAAGCGGUAAGUAAGUAGUACAAAGAGUACAUCAGCGCAAUAUUGUGGCCAUCGUUCGUCCAACAGUGGCCUUAAGAUAUGCGGAGAAUCCUCAGCCUUGAAAACAUUUGUUGGAUAUUGUUAUUAAAAGAACUUGAAAACAUCUGUUGAAAUAAAUACUAAAUUUACACAAGGGAACAGGGCCUUUAUGUUCUCUUGAUUUACAAUGUUCUUGUUCCGCAUUUUAAGAGAAUAGUUCAGUAAAAAAGGUAAAAAUUAUCUACGUUUAGAAUCACAUAUUUCAGAUUCCUAUGUAACAAGCUAUAUUAAAACAUAUUUUGACCAUAAAAAAUCUGGAUUCAGCGAAAAAAGAAGUUGUUCUUACCGGAUACUAUCUAGCCUGCGAACAAGCUGUCGGAGAGAUACCGUGAGAAGUGACGCGCGAGCGGCACGCGAAAGGAGAUGCGAGCGCGUUCUCUCGCGGCCCGUCACUUGUCACUCGAAAUAAAGAGGAACUUGCCCGCAGCGAUGUUACUUUCGCAAAAGACCCUCUGGUAAGCUGUGACCUAGGAAAAUGUUCCCAAGGGAACUGUGGAGAGACCCCUUCUUUCAUUUCCCUCCUCCUGUCCCUGUCUUUUCAGGCUUUCUCGACUUUUCUUCCCCCCCCCCUCCCCCUUCCCCCACGCCCAGUUUGGUUUAGCCUUUUCAGAGGAUGCCGUGUACAACUUGGACCCGUGGGUCCUCUGAUUUCAAGUCUGACGCCCCCAGUAAUAAUUUUCUGUGCUAUAAACCUCUCCAUUUCCUUUAUUUCAAAUUCAUUUUUUUUUCUUCACAGGAGGAUGUUGUAUUCCUAGGACUCAAAAAUACAAGGCUGUUGCUGGAAAGUGGAAAUGUUUAUGGACCUGGGCGGGUCUAAGUAAAGUCGAAAGGUAUUGUAUACGCGUCCUAUGUACCAGAAUUCAAACAGUUACACUUUUUUUUUCAAUAUCAUGAAUAUUACACAUUUAAAUUAUAAAUUGCUGUAAGGUAUACCUCUCACAGAGCAGUCAAGUGUAUGGCAUGGGAAUCGUUUUCAAAAUUCAUAUUCAAUUUAAUUUUACAUUCAUAUCAGUCAUUAUACAUAUGCCCUGCUAAAGUUUAAAUAUGUAUUAUUUCCUCUUUCACUUACAACAUUAUUUCCACAGGUUAACUUUGGACGUGUUAACAUUUAAACACGUUUUCAAAAAUGUGAGGACGGCGCAACGAAGACGUGUUUCUGUAUCGAUAAUUGUCGAUGUACAAAUCAUGCAGGAUCUGCAACACUUUGCGCGAGCAAGCGAUUAUUUCCUGGGAAAAACAAAGGACGAAAUAGGAUCUGUUAUUCUAAACGUGCUGGAGACGCAUCUACAGGACAUUUACGGAGAGUUGGCUGUAAAAUGUAUUAAUGAAGGUACGAAUAGNACUUGGACCCGUGGGUCCUCUGAUUUCAAGUCUGACGCCCCCAGUAAUAAUUUUCUGUGCUAUAAACCUCUCCAUUUCCUUUAUUUCAAAUUCAUUUUUUUUUCUUCACAGGAGGAUGUUGUAUUCCUAGGACUCAAAAAUACAAGGCUGUUGCUGGAAAGUGGAAAUGUUUAUGGACCUGGGCGGGUCUAAGUAAAGUCGAAAGGUAUUGUAUACGCGUCCUAUGUACCAGAAUUCAAACAGUUACACUUUUUUUUUCAAUAUCAUGAAUAUUACACAUUUAAAUUAUAAAUUGCUGUAAGGUAUACCUCUCACAGAGCAGUCAAGUGUAUGGCAUGGGAAUCGUUUUCAAAAUUCAUAUUCAAUUUAAUUUUACAUUCAUAUCAGUCAUUAUACAUAUGCCCUGCUAAAGUUUAAAUAUGUAUUAUUUCCUCUUUCACUUACAACAUUAUUUCCACAGGUUAACUUUGGACGUGUUAACAUUUAAACACGUUUUCAAAAAUGUGAGGACGGCGCAACGAAGACGUGUUUCUGUAUCGAUAAUUGUCGAUGUACAAAUCAUGCAGGAUCUGCAACACUUUGCGCGAGCAAGCGAUUAUUUCCUGGGAAAAACAAAGGACGAAAUAGGAUCUGUUAUUCUAAACGUGCUGGAGACGCAUCUACAGGACAUUUACGGAGAGUUGGCUGUAAAAUGUAUUAAUGAAGGUACGAAUAGAACAUAAUGAAAUCAAAAUGACCCUUCCAUUCUCAAGAGUGCCCCAACAGAAUAGUGACUACAUUGCAUUCAUAGAAAAUAGGGCCAUUUGAGAGAAUGGAAGAAACCCUUGAGUGGUACUCACACUGCAAGAUUUUGCCCAAGAGAUACAAACUAGAACUACGUUACAGAACAAUUUAAAAAAGUAGGAAUCGAAGUUAAGGCAUCGGACUUUUGCUGACUUGCAUCCACCGGCAGCUUUUUUUAUUGUCUUCCAUUUUCGUUUCUUUUACUUACAUCACUGAUCUAGCCUCAUUAGAUGGAGUUUAUUCGUGUUUAAGCCACGACUGCAAUCAUUUUUGCUACAGUAGCGAAAGCUUCACAUUCACAAAUAAAUUGCAUUUUUUUUCAGAUGCCAAUCACUUUGCGCCACGAGUACAAAAAGCGGCGACACCCGACAUGUGGGACCUCGGAGUGUUGAUUCAUAACUUCUUCAUUAUAGAUGUUACUCGGGAGGAGAUGAUAUGA